AUGGCAAAUCCCUACCAUCGCCGCCCGCUGUCCGACUACUUCAUCUCCUCGCCCCUCGUCGCCCUUCUCUACCCCUUCCACCAGCUGCUAUUGCGACUCCGGGGCCCGCCGCGACUGCCCCCGCCGAAUGCGAACCCCAUUCGGGUCGUCUGCAUUUCCGACACACACACCCUCAAGUGGCCCGAGGUGCCCGAUGGCGACCUCUUGAUCCACGCCGGCGAUUUGGCCAACGAUGGCUCCGUGCGAGAGAUCCAGGCGGCCGUCAACUGGCUGCGCAGUCUGCCACACCCACAUAAAGUGGUCAUUGGCGGCAACCACGACAGCUACUUCGAUGCCCGAUCGCGGCUGGAGGAAGAUCGCGAUGAAGGAAUCGGAGCAGGAUCGUCUUUUGCCGCUGUCUCUGCAUCCACAGCUUCGAUCCGGUCCCUCGAUGAUCGAAACGCCUCGCGUAUCGACUGGGGCGAUAUCCACUACCUCCAACACUCCGCUGUGACCCUUGACUUCACAGCCAAGAACCGCGAUCGCAGCAGCAGCAGCACACCUCUCACUAGCGACCGCACCCGCUCCCUCACAAUCUACGGCGCCCCGCAAGUCCCGGCACUGAUGCCUUUUGGGCCCGAACACGCCUUCACCUACCCUCCCCAGCAUGAUGCCUGGUCCCGCACCGUUCCCUCCGACACAGAUAUUCUCGUUACCCACACACCUCCUCAAGCGCACCUGGACAUGUCCCCGGUUUUUUCGACUGGCUGUCCAAACCUCCUCGCCGAAGCUUGGCGUGUAAAACCCGCCCUGCACGUCUUCGGCCACAUCCAUAACUCCGCCGGCCGCGAACCGAUCUUUUGGGACGAGGCCCAGCUUGCCUGGGAGCGUCUCUGUGUCUCUCGCCGUCCACGUGCGAAAUAUAGCCGGAUCCUCGCAUUGGCCGGCUUCCUGCGUGACCUCUUUGAUCCGGCGAGUUGGGUCGAUGCUGCGCGGGUGUUGGUGUAUGGGGUGCUUGGUGUUGUCUGGUCGCAGGUGUGGGGGGCGAGAGUCGACACGGCAGCUGGAUGGUGA